UUUCCUUAUACUUCAACCGAACGAGAGUUCCUGUGCAUGUGCUCUGAGAGAAGAGAAGCGAAGAAGCUGAAAGGCCUCGAAUAGAAGAGAUGGAAGAUGAUAUUGUCUCUGAAGAAGAUUUAUUGGUCAGACAUCGUAAAGAGAAGAAAAAUCUCCAAGCUCAGGUCCAGAAGAUCAAGCAUUCUGUGCCAAAAGGGGACAAAAAGCGCAAAAAGGAAGCUACAGAUGAGAUUGCCAAACUUGAAGAGGAUUUGAAGAAGAAACACGAAGAGGAAUUAGCCAAGUUGGUGGCAUCUUCAAAUGAAAAAGAGUCGGUGGAGGAAGUUGGGAAAGGAAUAUCCAAGCUGACCACUGAUGGUGACGAUAAUGAACCGACAGAGGAAGUCCGAAAAAUAUCGAAAGCCCAAAAGCGUAGGGACAAGAAAGCUGCUGAAGAGAAGGAACGCGAGAGGAGACUGAAGGAGCAAGAACUGGAGAACCUCCAUGGCGACCGUCAUCUGGAGUCGGAGAAACUGCGCCAGAUCCUGGAAGACAUGGACUUGUGUGUACAUGAGAUUCCUUCAGAUGGCAACUGCCUCUACAAUGCUAUUUGUCAUCAGCUGGCUCUGAAAAACAUUCAGACGUGCAACUACUCCACCCUUCGUACCCAGACUGCCAACUAUAUGCUGUCUCAUGAGAAUGACUUCUUGCCAUUCAUGACAACCAAGAAUUCGGAUUCACUCUGUACAAGUGAAGAAUACCAGAAAAUCUGUAAAGACAUUGCUACAACGCCUGCCUGGGGUGGACAGAUAGAGAUAAUGGCGCUGUCCCAUGUGCUACAAGUUCCGAUCAAUGUGAUUCAGGCCGAAGGGGAACCUGUGAAGGUUGGCCAAGAAUACGACAAAGAUGAAAUCAUUCUGACGUACCAUCGACAUGCGUUCGGUCUCGGAGAACACUACAAUUCAGUGAAACCCCUGGCAGAGGCAGACAACCCAAGCGACAGCUUCUAACAAAGUCGAGAUGUGGUGGUCUACAUUCAUCUCUGUCACAAGAAAUCAAAAGAGAGGAGAGAAGCGUAAAGUUGAAGGCAUUCGUGUGUGUGUGUCCCCUACCUUUGCGGUUUCCCAUUCGGAAUUAAGGAAUUUUUUACUCAUAUCGGCAGUGCACGAACGCCUGAAUUUCGUUGAUGGUGUAAAGUACAAAGAUUGGGUGCUGAAGUGUUUGGUAGUAUUGACCCCUUUUUUAUUUUAUGGAUUGCCAAGAAAGAUUGAAGACAAAUUGACAAGUGACCCCCCAAUUCUUAGAACAGGCUUCAGCGCGAAAUAUUUGGCCCCACCUCAAAAAUAUAUGUAUAUUCAUACAUACAUAUAUAUUUAUGAACACACACAUGUAUUUAUAUAUGUACACACUCACACACAUGUGUAGGUGUGUUUGAACACACAUACACACACUGACGUUUAUGUUAAUUGACAGAAAGGUUACUCAACCAUGCAUAAAGCCCUUGGCCACUUAUGUAACUUCUCUGAUGAUUAAAGAAAUAUAUGUA